AGUUGCAAAACAAAAAUGCGUGAUUGAUAUAUCAAUAGUCAAAAAUCCUAGAAACAAUAUCCACUUCCAUCUACUCUUCCAUAUAAUAUAAAAACUUUAGUGAAAGAGGGAAAAACUUUUGGUGUUGUUUACUAGCGUCUGUUCGCUUCUCUUCUCUGUGGGCGUUCGAACCAACAUUUCAUAUUUGGUUACUUUACUCCAAACAAACCAUAAAAACACACUCCAAACAAACAAACUCGUCUUCUUCACUACAAGAUCAUAACAAUGGAUUCAAAUCCUUCUUCCGGUGCUUCUCAAUUCCUCACCAAUCUUCCCUCUCGUGGCACUUUCUCUUCCACUAUAUACUCUUCCAAUCAGAGUGGAAUGCGGGUUUAUGUAUGUGAUCAUGAUACUUCACCACCAGAAGGGCAACAUAUUAAGACAAAUCAACAGAACAUACUGAUUAGAUCACUCACCUUGAAGAAACAAAAAGCUGAUUCCAGCUCAAAGGAUGGAUCUGACAGUUCAAGAAAGAGAACUGCGGAAAAGGUUUUGGAUAGCAGAGCUUCAGCCAAGAAACCUAAUAGUCAGUCAAACUCUCGGCAAGAGGGAUCAAGUGGUCAAUCAUCCAAUAGGGACUUCCAGAGCUUGACUGUAGAGAGGCUUCGAGCUCUUUUGAGAGCUAAAGGUCUUUCAGCCAAAGGAAAAAAGGAUGAGCUUAUUACACGUCUAAGAGAUGCAGAUGGGUCAGCUUAGUAUGGAGGGUGGAACACCUGCUCAUUUAGCAUCCAAUGUAAGAGUAAUUAGCUUUUCUGCUUGUACUUAGGAUCUGGAACCAAUAUACAUAUAAAGCUAGUGUAAACCACAGUGAGAUUUGAAUAUUAUCGUUUUGGCGCUAUUGCUUCAUGAGUGGCAGUAUUAUGUUAUUUGUGAGAAUUUUUUGUUACAAAUUGAAAGCCUUGAUAUUAGUUCUUAUUCUGGAAAGGAAAUGACUUCUUGAUUGCUCUUAA